CUUCACAGACACUACACGACCAACUACGAUUGCCGGCCAGCCCAGCCGGCCCCGAGUUGACAUUUUUUUUUCAUCAAAAGGCAAAAAGUCUAACGCGCCAGUUUAGCGCGGAACAUUUACUUGCGAUUUAUCACUCAUGUUUCGCGAGAUAUUAUCGUACAAAUAGACACUAACGCGGUUAACGUGGACUUUUCAUCGACAGAUUGCAUACCGUUUAUCAAAACUCAGACGGCUCAGUGAUGUCUGGCAAACGAACUGCUACCUCAGAGCUGAAUCACGAUAAUUGGAACGAUGAAGAAACUCGGGAAGAGGCAGGAACGUUUAGCAAAGCAUCGAAAGAAGAUUUGCAGAGAAGAGUCAUCAAAUCGGCCAGACGGCGAAUAGUCAACAGCGGGGGGGAUGAUGCACCAAAAGUAGCGUUUGGCCCGUUUACUGCUUUCAAAACUGCUGCACCUGCAGGUUCUUCACCCUUUAGCUUCCUUGCAAAUACUAGUAAUGCAACAAAUACGACGAGUAGUGAAAAAACGGUGGCUAAUAAAGUAGGUCCGAGCAAUGGAUCGGUUAACCCAGCAGCGAAUGGGCCAGAAAGCAAAGAUUCUUCUUCGUUGAAACAGGAAUCAAUGUCGAAAAAUUCGGAUGCUAAGCAUUUUCCAACUGGAAAGGAAGAUGGGAAGAUUUUCAAAAAAUCAACAGAUUAUUAUGCAAAAUUGAAGGGACUUAACGAAAGCGUCACUCAAUGGAUCAAGUCACAUGUAGAUUCAAAUCCGUUUUGUAUUUUAACCCCAAUAUUUAAAGAUUAUGACAAGCAUCUUAAAGAAAUUGAAGCUAAACACGGACAGGAAACCACCCCGACCAUUUUGAGCCCAGAAAAGACUGAGGAAAAAUCUAACUUGGAAAGUUCACCCGUUAAGAGUAAGUCGAAUUUGGAAACUGGAAAUACUGAAUCACAGACUAAGAAGUCGGUCUUUAGUAAUCCAUCAGUGGGAAAUGCAGAGUCGAAAAGCGAAUCAUCGAUUUUCAAGAAUGCGAAUGUUGGAAAAUCGUUAUUCGGCAAUACUGAAACUACCUCGGAAGUCAAAAGCGUUUUUGGCAGUGUUUCCACUGAACGGAAUCCAUUUUUAAGUACAUCGUUUACAGCUGUAGAAGAUAAGAAAAAGGAAACCGAAUCUGACAUUACUGAUCAGAAACCAACAGCAAGUCUUUCGUUUCCACCAUCUGGUCCCACAGCCACAUUCAGCUUUGGCCAAAGUUCAGCAACCAGUACAGCUUCGGCAGGAUUCAGUUUCGGAGGUGGAAAACCAUUUUCUUUUGGCAAUGUGGCUAAAACUACAGAAGCAGAAGAGACUAAAGAAGACGAAGAAAAAGAUGAUGAUGACGAACCACCGAAACCAGACUUCAAACCCAUCACGGAAGACGAUGCAAUUUAUGAACAACGAUGCAAGGUAUUUGUCAAAAAAGAUGGAAAUUUUGCUGAUCGAGGAGUAGGUACCCUGUUUCUGAAGCCUACACCCAACGACAAAACACAGCUAAUAGUGCGUGCCGAUACUUCGUGCGGAAAUUUACUCUUGAAUACAAUAUUAACCGAGGGCAUACCAAUGCAGCGUAUGGGAAAGAAUAACGUUAUGAUGGUUCUUCUUCCAACACCAGAUUCCAAACCACCACCGACACCAGUUUUGUUAAGAGUUAAGACAAGCGAGGACGCCGAUGCGUUGUUAGAAAAGCUUAAUAAGCACAAGAAAUGAUUUUUUUAAUCAUGCCCACCGACCAUUGUUCAACGGAUAUCAAUCCAUAAGUCAUUAUGGCAGAUGUCAAUUCUUGAAUGAAAGCAAAACAAUCGUGAAUGUGUACAUGUUUCUUAUCAGAAACUAAAGAUGCUAUAUAAAUGUUAAUGUACGACAUUUACAGCUUAGUACUAUUGAUAUAGAUAAUAAUACGCGAAUAGAAUACAGUCUCGUCAGUUUUACAUUUACACAAUGAUCACAAUCGUGAUCAAUAAUUGGAAUAUUGCAACAAACGAAUUCAAGCUUCAAAUAAAUCACGCGAAUACGCAUUCGGAACAAAUUGAACUCGGACGCGUUUAUAUGUGAUAAGUUGUACACAAAUAAGUGGUUUCUGCUAAACUCAUUACAGGAAUACUCCCUGUUCACCUCAUUUGAUUUUAGAAAGAAUAAAAGCCACUUUUAUAUAUGAGAUCGUUUAGUCUUGGUAUUAUAAAUACUGCAAAAAAAAUUUUACCGGCAGCUCCUCCAAAUUGUUACUGUAGAUAAGAAAUUUUUUUAAGUGGCGAUAAGAAAUAGUAACUUACUUAAGUUAUCAGAGACAGAAAAUGAAUCUAUGUAAAAUGGAUUCUAUGCUCUAUUAUCGACGAUAGUGUCGUAUCGUGGGUGAUGACGUGUUAACGUAAAUGCAAAUGGAUCUAGUGAAGCAUGUGACCGAACAUUACAACGUCUGUAUCUGUUAGUACUAAUCGAAAAUAUAAUUAACUCUUUCAGACAAAUGAGUAACCAACGAUGAUACGCGACAGUCAGUUGAACAAAAAUUGAAACGAAUAAACUCUCAUCAUUGACCAGUAAUACAUCGGAUAUUCAAAAUACUUUAGGUCAACUUUUUUGUAUUAAAGUCUUAGAUGCGCGUUGCUGUGAAUUUAUUAUUAGCCUUUAUUCCGUAAAAUUUUACUUUUUACUUGUGUUGAAAUAAAUAUUACGGGAAUAAAAUGAAUUAUAGUGAGUUUCCACGAUACUUUGAUACGAAUAAAAGUACACUGUUACAUAAUCCCCAUGUUAAAUAAUUAACUGUAUAUAAAUAAAGCAUCUGAAAUUAUA